UCUGAUCUCUGAUUCGAAAGGAAUUAUAUCUGAUUUUGAAUAGUUUCAAGUUCAUUUUAUAACAAUAAUUUCCUUAAUUCAUUGAAUUUUCAUUUGAUAAUUUUAAUCGUGCAAAAUUUUUAUGGAACUAAUAAAAUGGAAAUAAGAGAGGUUGACACUGAAUUGAUUUUAUUCGACGUUCUUUCUGAUAUUUUCAAACACUUGAGUAUUUAUGAUUUAACUUCAGCAUCAGAAGUCUGCAAGUCUUGGUACUACACGGCGAAACGAGAAAAAUUAAAACGAGGACCUCAAGUUAUUACUUUGCAAGCUUUAGAAGAUCUAGUUGCAACACGCUUUUGUGCUGUUGGACCAAGAGUAAAGAAUCAAAUUGUUGAAGACCUUAAACUUUCACUAAGAAUAAGACCGAGGCUAGGACUUUUUUUUACGGAUGGGAAAUAUCCAUCUUCUGCAGAUUGUGACAAUGUGGUUUACGAAAUUUGCAAAACUCAUAGAUGGACAAGACCUAAAGAUUGUUUUUACAUAGCUAUUGAAACAGUAGGAGUAAAUAUCGACGAUAAUCCGGUUGGGGGAGAGAAAAAUGUAACUGCAGCUUUAUUUUUUCCUGUCAUACCUCAAGUAAAUUAUACAAUUACUGAAACAAAUACGCAUUCUAUACAACAACAUUUUACGAGCAAUGACUGUUUAUUAGUAAAUAUGACACAAAAAUUAUUUGAUUUCAAAGAAGAUCAAGUUUGUUUUAUAGUUUUAAUGUAUAAAUGGCAAGACGAACCUCUGUAUGAGCGAUAUCAUCGCAAAUUUUUCAAUAAAAUUUUGGAAAGUAUUAAAAUAAGAUAUAAACCAAGUACUUAUGCCCUUUGGGGAGGGGCUGUAAACGACAUUUUUACUUUAGCUCCAGGUACAAAACCUUCGUACAAUGCUACUAGUUUUUGCGCUAUUAGCAUAUCAGGAAAUAACGUUGAAACUUGGUCUAUCAUGGUUGAUAUCAAUUUAAGUAAUACCGAAAUUGAAAACAAAUUAAAAAAUUUUAAGAAUUGUAUAAAUCUAAACGAUUCAUCAAUCAUUCUUUUGAUGUUACCUUCUAAUAAAGAAACUAUCGACCGAAGUAAAUUGAAAGUUUUCAAAGUAUUAUUUCCAAAAGGAAAAUUGUUAAGCCUUUUCAAUGAUAAAAAUAAUGUUAUGAUUUCGGUUGAUUCUACGAGCAACGAAAAUGAUAAUAUAUUCUAUUAUAGUCAUUUCUAUGCUCUAUUAGUUUUGUCGUAUAAAUGUUAAAAAUGAAGGUUUUUAAUAACAUUUUAAUUUUAUUUAGUAAAUCAAAAAAUACGAUUCUAUAAAGCAAUAAACAACUUUAUUUAAAUAUAGGCUAUGGUACAAAAUUUAUACAAACACAAAUCGUAAUUUUGAUAUCAUAUUCUCAGUACUUGAUAUUCUUCUGUUAGUUAAGAUAAUAUUCAUUAAGUUCAAGACAUGUCUAAAUACAUCAUAUGAAAAUUGGAAAAUAGUCAUUUUAUGAAUAAAAAUGAAGCAUAUUUAAGGAUACGGGGUAUAUAUAUAUACAUCACAAUUGCUAAAGUAUUUGACAAGAAGUCGUAAAUAAUUAUUGUAAAUAAUAUCAUGAGAAAAAGUAAGCCUUUUUUUCCUUGCGACAAAAUUA